CGUUUCUCAAACCCUAACAUUGACUAUAGUGGUUGCAUUGCCUCAUCUUCUUCGAUUCUUGCAUAAUUCAGUUGAGCUAAGGGGAUCGUUUUGAAAUUUAUAUUUCAGUCAGUGGAUGGAAUUUUCGCCGGAGUGUUGAUGAGAACUCAUGACUUUUCGGUGUUUUUCCACUGUGCUUCUGCUACAAUUUGAUGGCGUUCUUGAAUGAGUAAGUAAUGGACCAUUUCGAGCGUUCAUUGUAUUUGCAAGAUGAAGAUGUGCGUGCUGACAAUGAUCCUUUGGCAUGGGAGGACAUUGAGGGUUGUCGUGUUCCGGAAAAUUAUGCCGAGGAAGUGCGGGGUGUUGAUUAUACAGUUGAUGAAUUUUUUGGUGACACCUUCUAUGACAACUGGGAGGAAAGAGCAGUUGACGGUAUUGAUGAGCUUGGGCAUAUAAAUCUGAAAGAAAUAACUGCAAGUGAGGUUAGGUUGUUACAUUUUCGUGAUCGAACUGUUGCAUUUUCUUUCUACCAAUUGUAUUCAAAGAUGAACGGUUUUGCUGUUAGAAAGAAUAGGAUUAGAAGGAAUGUCAAAAACGAGGUGACACAGCAACAAUUUGUUUGCUUUAGGGAGGGGUUUAGAGAUUUGGGGUCUGAGAAUGAUUCCCAUCGACGCAAACGCGAGCCAAAGCCUGAGACUAGAUGCGGAUGUUUGGCUGAAAUGCGAGUUCAUGUACAUGUCGAAAGCGGUAGAUGGAUCAUUUCAUACUUUCAGGAUGAGCACAACCAUGAAAUGCUUGAUAAUAGAUUGACCUUUAUGCUUCCCGGGCAUAGGAAGAUGAAUGAUGCCGCCAUCGAUCAAAUGAAUCUAAUGCUAAAAGUUGGGAUCAAAAUACCUCAAAUAUAUUCAUCGUUUGUGCACACGGCGGGUGGAUUCCAAAAUGUACGUUUCCUGAAGAGAGAUAUGUAUAACCAGAUAGUGAAGCAACGGAGGGUCAUAGGGGGGAUGCUAUGUGUUGUUUGAAGUUCUUGGAGUCAAUGGCUGAGGAAAACUCAGGAAUGUUUGUUCGAUACCUAGCCGAUGAAGAGGGUCGUUUGGUACAUCUUUUUUGGUUGGAUAGUGAUGAGCAGAUAAUUUGUAUGCUUUUUGGCAUUGUUUUUAGUAUAUUUUUAGUAUGAUCUAGUUAGUUUUUAGUAUAUUUUUAUUAGUUUUUAGUUAAAAUUCACUUUUCUGGACUUUACUAUGAGUUUGUGUGUUUUUCUGUGAUUUCAGGUAUUUUCUGGCUGAAAUUGAGGGAUCUGAGCAAAAAUCUGAUCCAGAGACUCAAAAGGACUGCAGAUGCUGUUGGAUUCUGACCUCCCCGCACUCGAAGUGGAUUUUCUGGAGCUACAGAAGCCCAAUUGGCGCGCUCUCAACGGCGUUGGAAAGUAGACAUCCUGGGCUUUCCAGCAAUAUAUAAUAGUCCAUACUUUGCCCAAGAUUUGAUGGCCCAAACCGGCGUUCAAAGUCACCUCAAGAAAUUCCAGCGUUAAACGCCGGAACUGGCACCUAAUUGGGAGUUAAACGCCCAAACUGGCACUAAAGCUGGCGUUUAACUCCAAGGAGAGUCUCUACACGAAAUUGCUUCAUUGCUCAGCCCAAGCACACACCAAGUGGGCCCGGAAGUGGAUUUUUAUGUCAUUUACUCAUCUAUGUACUAGUUUUCUAUAAGUAGGACCUUUUACUAUUGUAAAAGGGGGGAUCUUUUGAUCAUGUUUUGAGGAUUGAACCCUCUUUGGGAGGCUGGCCAUUCGGCCAUGCCUAGACCUUGUUCUUAUGUAUUUUCAACGGUGGAGUUUCUACACACCAUAGAUUAAGGUGUGGAGCUCUGCUGUACC